AUGGCUGCAUAUUGUCGAUGGGUGGAUAUCUUCAUUUCGGCGGGUCUGUUACUGCAGGCUAAUCAACAGCUUAACCUCACGGAAACCCUCACCUCCAAAUACCACCUUAUCUACUUCGGACAUGUGGUGACUCUGCUCAAGUAUGUUGUCAGCGUGCUGACCAAACUGCAGACUUCCUGCAAGCUCCCUCUGCCUCUCUGUCUCUCCUCGCAUUUAACUCCAAAAACCAAAGAUAGUGAGAUGCAGCUGCCUGACGAUGUCUUUCAUGCGCUUCAAGCCGUCUGUCAUCAGGCAGAUCCUGGCUUCUGCAUGCGCCUACUCAAUCUCAUUGCUUGGGUCUGCUGUGUUGGAGGAAAUCGGGAAGUUCUAGGCCAAUGGGAGGAACACCUGCGAAUGUCCGCCGGCUUCUUCGCCAAUUUGGGUGACCGACAAGCCCUUCUCAAUACUUGUGGGAUUUUU